UUUAAAGCUGAAAGGUAAAUUUAGAUCUCAGCCUUGUUUCCUUGUUGAAAUAUAGACUAUUUGACAAAAGAGCUCUGUAAUUUAAAACACCACAAUUCAACUCUAGAACUCCUUAAACGUAUACCAAAAUUCAACUCUACGAGCUACUUCACGUUGAUCAGGAGGUCUCUCUCUACCAGAUUCUAGUAUCAGACCUUUUGUGAUUAACGAAACGUUAACUCGGUUUGUUACGGUAUCUCCUUCCUUGUUAGUUUUGAAACGCUAUUUAUUUCUUUUGUCCUUUAGAUUAUUGCUUAACAGCCUAUUGUCUAUGCUUAGUUAAUGUUUAUCUACGUCACGGUUUAUUUUUGUCGAUUACUGUAAUUGGUGUGAAACUGUUAUGCAAUUUAUGUCAGUCAUUCGGUCAUAUUACGGGCUGGCUAGAAAAAAAGCACCAUUUUCGAUAGCUGACAAGAGGUGGUGCGCUCCGCUACUGUAGAAUUGUUUUGGUCUACUCCGCUACCCGAGCGUUUCAAGUACGCCAGGGGCUCUACCAAAGUAAGUUACCUAUAUUGUUUUACGCUCGAUUUAGUUUAUCAUUUCCUUUAUUAUUAGUCCAGUUUAUUUCAAAAAUAGGUCAUUGUGCUGUGUCAUCAUUUGUAAGUCGAUUGAUUACCUUCGUUUCGUUUUCUGUUACCUUCUAGUUCGAACACAUAAUUCUACCGCAUUUGCUAUCGCAAUCACACCAAGUAUUCAGCAACUAUACCUAGUUUAUCACUACCCGGCUAAGUUCCAUUUUUGUAUCUUAUAAAAUUAAACACUUUGGAUUGUUACACGUGGUGCUUGUGCGUUCGUUUUGGGGCUCUAUGUACCACAGGAGGCCCACACAAGCGGCUGUCUGGUCGUUUGUUUGAAAUAUAAAGAAAUGUAUGGGAAAAUAUUGAAGAGUCGUAAUAUCGUAAACUUAUAUCGAGGAAUGUCUAUGUUAGGCUCAAAAUAAAUUUAAACCUACCUCAAUAUCUACUUAGAACGAAAUUGCACCGACUUUGGGAAAGAGUAAGUUACCAUUUUCUAACAGCCGGUGUUGCAUCUCUUUUUAGUUAUCUUAGUUCUGAUUUAAAGUUUAUUUUUCACAUUUUUCAACGCGACUUGUCCAUAAUUAAUGUCGGUAUCCUUAUUAAUUGCUGGCACGUUUGUGUUUCAUUUAAUACGGUUGUGGUUUUCAAUGUGAAAGAUGUGAUGACUGAAAAUAUGACCUUUACAUAUGAUGCUCUUGUCAUAUGUUUGCCGCGACGUGUUUGUAUCCAUCGGUUUAUUCUAAGUACUAGUGUUUUGAGAUCAUUUCCGGUUACCUGUAGUUUUUCCGGGAACUGCUGAAUAUGUAAAUACACAGGAAAAUUCGUAUCAGUUCCGAGAAAAUGGACGAUUCCUUGAAUCGCAAGAGUUUGAAAAAUUUCUCUUCGUCACAAACGUAGUUGCACAAAUAUGAUAUCGUUUGGGCAUUUGGGUCGUGAAAACUCAGACCAACGUUUCUUCAAUAAGAUUCAGGUACACAGUUGGUGAGUGUAUUCGUAACGCAGCCAGUGGAUAAGGUAAACAAAUUUAAUCAGGUGAUUGAUAAUUCUUCUCAGAAAAGCAAUAUUUUAAAUUUUCCGAGAAUUGGCUUUUGUGACGUAAGAGUCUAUGCAGUUCUACCUUACCGUGACGAAAUUUAAAUCCACAGAUAUGUAUAAAUCUCUGAUCUCCCAAGAGUUUUCGUCUCUAUUUUGAAGCACCGAGCAAAGAUAGUUAUUUUAUGCAGUAAAGUGCGAUCGAUGAAUUCCAAUUAGCAAAAACAAUCUGGGAAACUAAGAUUAACAUUUCGUCAUGCCUCGUGGUAAAAGACGCAAAAAUAAAGAGAAAGAGAGAAGCGUGAACUCACCGCAGCGACCAGGAGAUGUGGUACCACUUCAGGCGGACACACCUACAACCUUGGUAAAUAUACAUCAAAACAGCUCUCAAGAUAUCCAGCAUAGAGUGAUGGCCAUGAUGGAAAGAGCAAUGUUUUUCCUUUUUUGGGGAAAUCAUGAGUUAUCUUUUAAAGAAAGUGAGGCAGCUCUAAAUCUGAGCAAAGAGGAAGGUUUCCAAGACGGAAUUUGUCGUGCCACCUUGCUAAUGUUAAUCACCCUCGAGAGAAAAGGUGAUAUUACAGCGGCUUUUCUGCUUGCUGUGUCCUUAAAGGCGACGCAUUUCGAGGUUGCAAAGCCUCACGUUAGAAGACUAAGAGAAAUUUUAAAAAGAAGUAUCAGCCAGAGCUUUAAACUAGCAAAGGACUUAAGGAUUGAUCUUAUGUCCUCUGGAAUCGCACUUUUCAAAAAUGGCGCAUUUAGGGAAGCUGUUGAACAUUUCAUUGAAGUUGUUCGCGUUUUCAGUGUGUUCAAUCGUGAUCCUCAUUUUUAUCUAGCCAGAUGUCAACUUGAAUUGGGUGAGAGCUUCAAAGCGAAGGAAAACUGCCAGAAAGUAUUACAACAUCACCCUGAUGAUGACGAGGCAAGAAACCUUAUGGAAAGCAUUGAUGCCACUAUCCCAAAACAGAAUAAAGAUCAGAAGGGCACAAAAAAGAAAAAAUCAACGUUAACAGCGGUAUCUGACGCUCCAUCGCCUGUUAAAGUUGUUCCAGAUAAGAAACCGGCUAUGAACAGAAGACAAAAAAAGUGUGAAGAACAUCGCCGAAUGAAAGAAGUGGAGGAAAUUGGCAUUGAAAUCAAGCAUAUAAUAGAAAUAGAUAGUGAAAGUAAAGGACAGAAGCAAGACGGGAAAGAGAGUGCCUUGGAUGAAGAAAAACUACUUCCCUCGUACGAUGUAAAAUCAGCUAUGGAAGCGACAAGUUUUAAAAGAAUCAGUAGUGAUGAAAAGCCUAAUCUUCAGGCUGCCAUUGCAUCAGGCGCAAGACCAAAACAGCGAAAAGUCAGCGAAAGAUCUAGAACGUCCAAGGUUGCCACUGCUGAAGGCGAUAAAGGUCGUAAAAAGAACCCCAAGGCCAUGAUACAUCAAGAGUCCUCAAAAGGCCAGAACACGAGCUCAGCCGUCGGCGCCAUCGGGCAUUGCAAAGACUGGAACUUAAACAUUUACCGAGGACAAAAGCAGAAGGAGGAAGGGCAGGUAAAUGAAAGCCAAUGGAAAGCGACGAAAGCCAGGCAGACAUCCAGAAAAGACUGCUCAACUCAAGGUCGUGCUAAAGCAGCAAUAGUAAGUACCCUCUCCACCAAAGCUAAUUCAGAAACAUCUGUCGUAACGAAACCCUCAAAAUCUCAAUGGGAACGUCUUGAGGAAAUUUCUCCUUUGCAAAUUCAUCGUGCCUUACAGUUCGGAAAGGCUUCGGAAGAAGGGCCUCUGACAGCAAAGACAGAGAGUACAGAAAAAGCAGCUCAAAGCGUUACCCCUGACACAUUGUGUAACAAUAGAUCAGGUCAGUCGACAAAGAUGCUUCCAGAGGGUGUGUUUACCAUGUGCGCACACUUUCUGCAAGAUAAUAGAAGAGGGCGAGCCUUCCAGCGUCCGAAACUUUGUCUUAGGUGUUCAAAGGAUUCGUCAAAACAUUUCUACGGAGUUUGGAGAAGUUCCAAAAAAGAAUGGCAAGUAAUGAGACCUUAUCCAAAUGAGGUGAGCUCGAAAACUCCUUUCCGACCAUGUUGGUACUUCAUUGAGGGCCUUAAGUGUCGAAACGAUCCUUGUACUUUUGCCCAUGGCCAGAAGGAGCUACAGUUUUGGACUAUGGAAAGAAAAUCAGACCAAGUCUCCUUUCGAAAGACCUCUAUGGUUCAAAAGACGCAAAGCAAAGAUUAUCUCGCAAACUUGGCUAACCCUCGGGAACGACUUGAGGAAUCGUCCAUCAUUCCUAGUCACCCAAGACCUCCUCCAACAAAAGUUUACCCAGGGAAAUUUCAAUUGUGUAAAUGGUGGAGUUCUGGUGAGCGGUGUAGAUAUGGAAAAUUUUGUACCUAUGCUCACGGAGAAGAAGAACUGAAGUCAUGGAUGGAAUACAAUGAUGAGGGCCAGGAAAAUGAAAGUGACGAGGAACAAACCACGGAGAAAGCAGAAAGGGAUGAAGCCAUACCAAGAAGCGAGAUGGUUUAUAGCCUCCCUGGUGUCACAGUCUCUUGCAAUAAUGACCCAGUGGUGAAGAUCGUACUACCUGAUGAUGAUGACGGCGCCAGCUGUAAACUUUACUGGAUAUUUUCUGUCACAUUUGAGAUAAGUGAAGUUGGAAAGUUGCGCGAAAUUGACCUCCUUCAUCGCUAUCACGAGUACUAUCGGCUAACUGAGGUUAAAGGUUUUGUAAACAACGAAUGCAUUUUCCAUGAGUUGCCUAAACAGCGUUGGUCUUACUCCAUUCCUUGCGAUUCUGAUGAGAGAGAGGGCCGUAUGGAAGUAGUCAUCACCGUCUCCUUCAAUACCACAAAGCUCAAUCAGACGUUUACACAGUGCCUCAGUUUUGACUUUGGGAAAAAACCGUACUUAUUACAAGGUUUAAACGUGGACAUAGCAAAAAGGGAUGCCCUGAGGGGAAUCUCAGAGAUACGACAGCAACUCAGGCUGGAUCCCAUUGUGUGGACAGAAGGGUCAAUAGACAUCGUACCUUGGCCAAAGACUACUGACACGGGGGAUCAUAAUGUGCUGUUGCUGGAGAAAUACCGACUGCCGGAGAGAAUUGAGAAUGUCAUUUCGUUGCAAAUAGUCGAAAGAGGCCUUACCAUGGAAAACUACAAACGAGUAAUGCAUCAACUGUUGUUCACGGAGGAGCUUUUCAGGAAAAAGGCUAUUUCAAGCUACGCUCUUGAUAAUGUGAUUUUGCAAUGCAAAAGUAGUGUCUCUGACGGAAGAUCUGGAUUUAUAUAUGCUGAAAAGGGCGAGGUUUUUGGCAUUGUGAGUUUCCAGGAGCAUGGAUUCCAUCAACUAGAAGGCUGUGCGAGAAGGCUCCUUACCAGAAAUGUGCAAUAUUCCUGGCUUAAACCAAGAAAUAGCGAUUCAAAGAAAGUGUACGAGGUGAAGGUAGAACAUGUCGAGUUCCAAUCAGGGCUUUUAAUCCUGAAACUUUCUCCUCGAGUUUGCUCUGAACUGUUCCUAAAAGAAGAUUCCUGUGUAUCAGUUGAUGUUCAAUUACAGCUCAAUCGGCAAACCCUCUGCGAAUGGCAUGGCACAAUCGAUAAACUGGGUCCCGUCCAUCUCAAUUUGUUGUUUCCAGACAGGAAUACAGCUAAAGUCAGUCGACGGGAGGAUAUUCAUUUACAAAACUGGCUUCCUUUGGACUCCAAACUCAAUGACAAUCAAAAAGAUGUGAUAAAGCGCAUUUUAUCACCUGGAAAUUCAUCGCCACCGAUAGUUGUCUUCGGACCAUUCGGUACCGGAAAGACAUUCACCCUAAAUCAAGCAAUCCGUCAGUUGGUGACAAGGAGAAGCAACCACAUCCUCCUGUGUACGCAUACAAACAGUGCCGCGAAUAUACAUGUUGAACUGUUACACGAGUACUUAACAAAACAAAAAGGACUUAAAGCAACCAAGCCUUUAAGGAUUUAUCACACGGAGAGAAGACUGAACGCUGAUUCAGAAAUUGCUAAAAAGUAUUGCCUAAUCGAAAACGGCGCCUACAUACUUCCCACAAGAGAACAGGUUAUGAGACAUCGUGUAAUAAUCACCACAUUGGCUGUAUCAAGGAAUCUGCUUGAGCUACAUCUAAACCAUGGCUUCUUUACACACAUUUUGAUCGAUGAGGCUGCCCAAGCCAUGGAACCCGAGGCACUCAUACCACUCGCGCUAGCCGGACCAAACACUAAAGUUGUUUUUACCGGAGAUCAUAUGCAGAUUAGUCCAGAGGUGUACUCACCUUAUGCUCGAGAAUGGGGUCUGCAAAAGUCGUUGCCAGAGCGAUUGUUUGAUGUUAUGUACAAAGAAAAACCAGAGAGGAACAACGAGAUAAUGUUUCUGACCGAGAAUUACCGUUGUCACUCGGAAAUAUUACAAUUUUCGUCGUAUAACUUCUACGGAGAAGGGCUGAAAGCCAGCAGCGAACAACCUCCACACCCAAGGUUACAGCCACUGUUGUUCUUUUCUGUUUACGGUAUGGAAGAAGCCAGAGAAAAUUCGUACAUCAACGAAACGGAAGUUAAAGAAGUUGUAAAGAGGGUCAAGGAGCUUGCAGAUGAUUGGCCAAUAGAGUGGAAAUAUAAGGAUCUUUCUCGGAUUGGAGUCAUAUCUGCUUAUACGAGGCAGGUGCGAGCAAUUCGAACUCUCCUAAGGAAAGAAAGCAAGGAACUGGCAAAUGUAACAGUGGAAAGUAUAUACAACGUCCAAGGAAAGGAAUUUCGCGCCUUAUUCAUAAGCACUGUUCGCACAUCCCUCACCUACCCAAAGCUCCACAGUCCCGGGGAUAAAACUCAGCAACUUUACUGGGAAUUCUUUUCGGACCCUAAACUCUUGAACACGGCUAUAACCAGAGCGAUGUCCUUAGUAGCCGUCAUUGGAGAUGCUGUUUCGCUGUGCAGUGUUGGUGAGUGUAGAGGAAACUGGAGAGACUACAUCAGACGAUGUGAUCAACUAGGAUCUCUGUGUGGAGCAACAUAUAGAGAAAUAAGGAAAGUGUUAGAUGCCCCUCUCCUCAACAUUACUUUAAACCCUGCAGCAGCAGUGUUCGUUCCAAGUGCCAACAGCGAACUCAAACCUCCUAAGGAAGAGAAUGAAAAGAAUACUGUGGGGUUGCAAGAUGAAAAUGCGAUGGAAACGAGCCUGGAUAAUCAUAUUACUAUGUCAGAGUUUGAAAGAUCUAGCGCGCAGGUAGAUUUUGGACCAGGAAGGAUUACGGCUGAAGAAGGAGAGGAGGAACAGCAAGCAACACAACAACCCUGUGUGGACGCUAUGCAAGGUGAUUCGUCUUCACAACAAGAUGAACUUUUGGUGAUUUCAGAAGUCCGAAAAACCGCGAAGCUUGAGAACGAUGAAAGUAGCAUCGACCAGGGUACUUUGGAAGAUUUUGAAGACUUUCGUCGAGAGAGUUUUGAAGAUGAAACGGUCUUUUCGCGGUACUUUGACGAGAUAAUACAGGCACUUGUACAAAAGUGCAGAGAAACUGAGACGAGAGCACUCGAAAAUUCAAUACAGAAUGAAGAAUUUCCUUCUUUGCAGGAUGCUGCAACUCUGCAACCAAAGAGAUCUCAAGCGAUGGAUCAUCAGGACAAACCUAGCUAUCAAAUGAAGUUAACUUUUUCUGGCCUUUCUUCUGAAGACUACCAAAUCUAUUUCGACUCUAAAGGAAGGCAAAAGGCUCGCCUGGUAAAUCCUGGAUUUCAUCAGAAAAAAUCUGAACGACUGAAACGACUUACCAGACCAGUUAAGCAGGAUUAUUUCCUCGAUGCAGAAGUUCUUUUGAAUUUAGUGAGUGAUCAACCUCUCACUUACCUUGUUUCUACACUUCGUCUUGAUUCUGAGGCUUUUCACAAUGCUUAUGCUAUGGUAUCAGACACAAAAACCCCCGACAUCAAAAUCAAGGGAAGAGUUAAGAGAGUGUUCGACAUGGAUUAUGUUGUUGUGAAAGUUGAAGAAAAGCAGUCCGUUGAUGAACUUCCCAGCCGCCUAGGAAAAAUCGAGGGUGUGCUUCACCACAUAAUCAGCCCUCACGAACGUCAGUUUGUCUGCAAGGUUGAUUAUGAGAAUCCUGACCUAAUGCGUCCAAUCAAUAAGUCCAUUCCUAGAAUUGUAAUACUGUCAGCAGAAGGUGUGAGAGGUGUACCCCUCUACAAGGAAAUGCGCGAGGGUAAUGAGAGGAAAGUCAAAGUUGACGAGAUGGACCACAAAGAAUUCCUUAGUGGGAAAUAUUUGUUGCUCGUACAGUAUCUACAAUGGAGACAAGAUUGCACUAACCCUUUAGGCAUCCUUAUUCGAAAACUACCACAACGGUACACUUUGAAGACUAGCAUGGAGAUUUUGUUUGCAGAGCAUGGAAUUAGAAAGUCAUUCAACAAGAGCUGUAUGGAAGAAGUGUCGAGGAGGUUUCCAUCUUCUUGGUCAAUCCCAGGACAGGAACGGGAGAGGCGAUCAAAUAUGGUAAUUGAUGGCGCGUUUACUAUUGAUCCUGAAAACUCCAAGGAUCUUGAUGAUGCACUCUCCUUGGAAUUCCUCUCAGAUUCCCUCUAUCGGAUUGGAAUUCAUAUAGCAGAUGUAAGUUAUUUUGUGAAGCCUGGGAGCUCUUUGGAUAAAGAGGCACUCUUUCGUUGUACAUCCUACUACCCAGGAGGCGACUACCAAAGUGUUCCAAUGCUACCAUGUGAGCUCAGUGAGAAUCAUUGCAGCCUUCUUCCUGGUAAAGAUAGAUUAUGUUUAUCAGUGUUUCUUGACAUGUCAGCAGAUGGAGAACUGGUGGGUCGGCCACAAAUAGAACGCACAAUUGUAAGGUCCACUUGUCAGCUCACUUACUCUCAUGCCCAAAAGAUCAUUGAUGGUCAACAAAGCUUAGACCUGCAAAUACCGAAAAAAGUUGAAAGGGAUAUUCGGACCUUAAGUGCCCUUGCACAAAAAAGAAGAAAGCUGAGGCUUAGGGAAGCUAGCUUUGAUCAUUGGUCCAACAGCAAUGAACCAGAUGAUUAUGAAGCGCACGAGUUAGUGGAGGAGAUGAUGAUCUUGGUCAAUGAGAAAAUAGGAGAACUUAUUUCUUCCCAAGCUCCAGAAUUAGCAUCCUUACGCAUUCAACUGCCACCCAAAGAUCACAGAUUAAAGGAAUGGGUUAAGAAGAAUGGACAAGUUAUCAAGUAUUCUAUGUUCCUUCGUGGCUUUUAUUCGGAUCUAGAGUUGGAGCAGAUGACGAAAGAUGCUCAAAUAAGAGACGUCGCGGAUUUCAAAGUUCCACAUUCAGUUUGGUCAAAUGUCUGCAACGCUGCAGAAUUUGGAGACAUAACGGAGCUAAAGCGACUGAUUUGCAACGAAAGCAAUUUUCCUCAGUUGGCUGUGGCAAAGUCAGAGUUUCAACGUAUUCAGCAGAAGGCUCAAUACGUUUGUGAGAAAGAUCAACCAGGCGAAAACAUUUUCCACUUUUCCCUGAGGAAGCGCAAGUAUACGCAUUUCACGUCACCCAUUCGACGGUACAUCGACAUCCAAGUACACAGGCUCGUUUUGAAUUUAAUCUCCAAAGAUCACGGUGCAGAACGACCUUCAAAGGAUCGGAUUGCACAUGCGUGUCGUCGUUCUACUUUUUCUCAGGUGAACUCCAGGAAGUUUGACAGAGCAUGCGGUAGAGGUCAUCUGGCUGAGAAGCUGAAGAAAGCAAGCCGCGAAACAAAAGCAAUUAUUGCCAUGAUCGAGGACAAGAGAAUGAGACUCGAAAUAACAGGCCGAGAAUGCCAGCAUGUGCCAAAGAAAGAGACUGUGCUUAAAUUUAGCAGCCUUAAUCCAUUCGAAUUCUCUAUCAAUCCGGAUAGUUCAGAAAUAUUUCUUACGUGGAAAUUAAGGCUAUACAUUGCUCCGAAAGUGAACGAUAAUGGAAAUGUUGAGAUCCUCGAAAAAGAAAGAGAGAAAGUACUUCUUCUUUUAUCUGGUGGAUAUAAUGGAACGAGGGGAGUCCUAAACUUACCCGUGAAAAAUUGGCAGAAACUCGUGAAGGCAGCUCAAGGGAGUGAUUACGUAAAAGCAAAAAUCUUGACUGAAGAAAUUGAAGCAGAGCGCCAAGAGGUUUUCGGGAACCAACAAAACCUGGGCAAAAGGGAAAAAUGUGAUCCAAGGAUGGAACACUUUUAUGAAAAGCAAGUAUCUCUGAGGACGUUUGAUGUAGUGCAGGUUCAGCUGAGUGCACUCAUGACAAAUGGAAUGUUACACCCCCAAAUUCAGCUUUUCAAGAUCAGUGCCAACGUCCAUAUUUGCAUCGAGCAUCGCAAACAUCCAAGAAUGUGCUUUGCGACCACAACGAGAUACAGAGCAUCUCAGAGGGAAUACUCGAGUUUAGAUCGGUACAUCGCCGCGUGGGAACCUGUUCUUGCCAUGGAAGCCGCUACGGUAGCUGUAGACGAAGCUAACGAGUUCACCAUUUACGAUUUAGACGUCCUUUGGAGGGAAGAGGUCAAGGAAAUGCCACGAGGUUCUUUUAGCCUCAAAAACGAGUACUGCACAACUCGUCAAAUCGAGUUCCACCCAGGGGAUUUUGUCUGUAUCCGCGUCCGAGAUGACACUCACAUUAAGAAUUCGAAAACACAUUCUUUUUCCAGUGACAUAGGGAAAUAUCAGAAGAUGGAUUCCGCUGUUGAAGAGCAACCUGGCUUCACGAAUGCAUGCGCUACGUCAUCCAUGAAAGGAAACUCAGUAGCCUCAUCGAGUAUUUGGGUGGGACAGUGCGUUGUCAAACAUGUUGAAAAGUCCAAUGGGCCCAUUUGGAAGGUUGAAAUGGAUUUUCAUCAAUCAGCAUCAGAUUUUCCGAAAGAGCUGUUGGAUAACAACCAUCUGAGUACAUUAAGCGUCAUCCACAGAUCCCUUCCUCACAGACGGAUGUUCGCAGCUCUCGAAGAGCUAAAAAAUGCGUCCAAACUAACUCACGACAUAUGUAUGGGGAAGGAGCGAAUUGAAGGGAGGUUUAAUGUUGAGUCUUGGCUUCCACCUAACCACUCAAUUGUGACAGAGCAUCCCGAGUGCAGAUUUAACCCACUGAAUAGGUACCAACAAGCCGCUGUUAAAGAAGCACUUGUUAAGCCAUUUACCCUAAUCCAAGGACCUCCAGGUACGGGUAAAACGGUAACAGGCGUCCACAUCGCCUUCUGGUUCGCGAAACAAAACAAGCAAGGGUAUCGAUGUCUCAGUUCUCAGGAUGCUAUUGAUCCUGAUAAUCCAGACAAACCGGGAGCACCCCCGCAAGUUAUUUACUGUGGUCCAUCUAACAGAUCAGUAGACGUUGUUGCUGAAUAUAUGAUCAGAAUUCCUGACCUCAAGAUCAUUCGUGUCUAUGGUGACCUGAGGGAACAAGCAGAGUUUCCAAUCCCUAACCAAAGUCAGUAUCUUAAGCAGUCCAGUGAUGAUGGAACCGAAAUACCUGAGAAACUGAAAAACGUUUCGCUACAUCACAUUAUUCGAAAACAUCCCUGUCCAUAUGCCGAUCUACUUAGAAUGUAUGAACAGAAGUUUGAGGAUAAUAGGAAGGAAAAGCAGAGAACCAGCGAUCAAGAUGUAGAAACAUAUUGCAAGUUGAUUGGAAAAGCUGAGGUUUGGGCACUUCAAUCAUCAGGAGCCCAGAUUAUCCUGUGCACCUGCUCAGUUGCUGGUAACCGUAGGAUGGUAGCUUCCUGUGAUAACACCCAACAAUGUAUCAUUGAUGAAUGCGGCAUGUGCAUGGAACUUGAAUCUCUCGUGCCAAUCACUUUCUCAAGAGCAAAGCAAGUGGUUUUGAUCGGAGAUCAUAAACAGUUACAGCCCAUCGUUAAAGACCAACAGGCAAUGACCCUUGGCUUGAACAUAUCAAUGUUCGAGAGGCUUUCUGACCGAGCCCAAAUGCUGGAAAUUCACUACAGAAUGCAAAAAGAUAUUUGCAGUUUUCCUUCAAACUAUUUUUACGAAGGAAAGUUAAAAACAGACGAAUCUGUACCGACUAAUGACCCAAAAUUGCCGCAGUCUUUUUGGCCUGAUCCAAGUGUUCCACUGGCAUUUUGCCACGUCGAGGGCGAAGAGGAAAGUACCCCUAUCAAGACAACACAUAGCGGUGAGGACUCAAAGUCAAAUCAGAAAGAAGUCCGAAAAGUGGUCCACGUUGCCAGAUGCUUGGUUUUCAAGAAUGGUGUGUCCCCGUCAGAUGUCGUUAUCUUAUCGCCUUACAGAGAACAACGCGAAAGAAUAAGCAAGGCAUUGGAAGGAAAUAUAAUAUCCAAAAAGAUUCUCGUCACAACCAUCACAAAAAGCCAAGGAAGUGAAUGGGACUAUGUGAUCUUAUCUCUGGUGCGCUCGCUGAAUAAAGACGAUCUCGAACCAGAUCCUUCUCUGCAUUGGUUACGUGAACAUUUGGGGUUUUUGACGGAUGAGCAUCAAAUGAACGUGGGGCUCACGAGAGCACGUAAAGGGCUCUGCAUCAUUGGUAACAAGAACCUACUAAUGCACCAUCCCAUGUGGGAAAAGUUGAUAGAUUUCUACGUAAAGAAAAAGUGCAUCGUAAAUGAAUCUGCCUGGCCUAAAAGCUGAAGCUACGUUAAUCUGACAAUUACUCAAUUCUAAACCGCACUUUCCGGUCCUUAGGGAACAAGGGGUUUUGUAUGAGAAACGUUUCAACAUCUGUUCGGUUCAGGGAAGUUAAGGGUGUGCAGAUCACAACAUAGAUGAUUCAAAGCAUUGACAAUAAAGAAUAAGAGGGAGAUUAAUCCAGGCAGUAAGGUUAAUCUAUUCGAGAAUUUAUUAGAAAUCAGUUAGACAGAGAGUUAAAAAAAGGAAUGCUUUCACUGUAUUUUUUAUUUGCGUUAGGCCAUAACUAAUAAGUAAAUAUGCACGCAUAUAUAUUUUUUUUAGGUUUUCAAAAAUAAAACGGACGAGAAUUCGGUCUAGUGAUGAUUGAUUGUUAAUAUCUAGUCAGGGUUCACUGAAAUUGCAUAAAUGUUUUCACAAUGCCACGAUUAUAAGCUUAUAGUGCGCUGUCUGGUCGAGUGGUCAGGGCAAACGCGGUGCUGCACUAAUCACCUUCUCCUGGAUUUUCCUAGAUUCACUUAUCUUGAGAUAAACACUUUAGGCACACUUGUAAUUGCUAGUUCGAUAAUUAAAAUCAUAUCUUUGAUUCAAUA